AUGCCAGACUGGGCUUACGGAAACUCUCCGAUAUGGACAGAUCCCGCGUUUUCCGAUCUCUUUCUCGGAUCUGUACUUAAGAACCCGGCAGGAACCUACGGAUUCAGAGCUAAUGCUUUCACACCAGCCAUUAACUUGGUCUGGGCGGCACUCAAGGACUUGUACCGUCACCCACCGCGAGAGCUGAGUCCCAAUGACGUGGGGAUUGUAGGCGAGACCGUUGACCAAUUGGCGGGUGCCAAGGCCUACAGUCAAUUAGCCAAACACCACAACUCCAACUCAGACUCUUCGCUGUACAGUGCUAUCACCGACAUCCAUGUGCGCAUAUUGGUAUGGAGGGAGGCUGUAGUGGCUGAUAUAAAGGGGUUGUGGCUCUCAUGCUAG